AUGACAACACGUUCUACAUGUAGCUGUGCACAACGUGUCCUGACUAAGGUAUCGGUACCUGGUACCACCGGCACUCUGCCUCACAUAGAUGCAAACAAGCAACAGUCUGGAAGAUACAGGCAAUUCCUUGCUGAACCUCCAACUCGCGAUACUACAUGUAGUUUCAUCAAGUUUCAACACCUUGCACCAGAGUCCCAUACCGGUAGCUUGGUGGAGGCUUCGGAGCUUCAGCGCACCAUCAUUCCAUUCUGCAGCCUCAACGAAAACUCCAACAAGCAAAACACUGCGCCCUCCAGUACCGUACCGGUACCGAUAGCUGCCUGGAGGUUCCCACCAGCUUUGACUCUUUCUCACUCAGCCUUGCUGGUUCAUUAA